GUUGACCAAGAAGCCAUGAAAUCCUUUUCUGGGGGAGACGUAGAAGAUUGCCUCCUAAAUAAGGUGGACUUGAGACGCCAGCAGGUUUCCCAGGCUGUGGAGGAGGUGCAGAGAGUCAUCCAUUGUCUGACCACAGAAAUCAGCCACCAAGACAUCCGAUUCCAAGCUGUGCCUUACUCUGACAUAUACAAUGGGAACAUUAAGGUUUUGGCCCCCAGCCAGUUCCUGGUCACAGUCCCAGUGAAAGGUCUGGCCGGGUACCGGGAGGCCAGGGAGCGGCGCUGGCGGUACUACACCCUUCAGGGCACCCGGAUCCCCUGUCCCCUGAGGGACCCYGAGGGCCUGCAGCAGUGGCUGGAGGUGGAACAGUUCAUGAAGAGCCUGUGGCAGUGGCAUGAGGCAGACGUGAACAUCGAGGGGGACAUUGUGCCCGCCAAGGUCCUCCUGGUGUUCCGGAAGCUGGUGGAAAACGCGAUUAGGACCUGUCACYUCUCAGGUAAGGUCAGCCUGCUGGCAAACUGCGAGGCCGUUUGGGUUGCCGUGGAAACAGCCGCCUGUCAGGUGGAACUAGAGCUGGUCCCCACCGUGGAGGUCCCCACCGCCUGGUCUGAGAAAGCACAGUGGCCUCGGUGUCUGAAGCGCUGGCCUUCCCCAGAGAAAGUGGAAUGCCUCAAGUCCUUUGGGUUCAACCUGCUGGCCCACGCCGGCUAUCACUGGCAGCUCAGCUUCUCCCAGGCCGAGCAGAUGCUCCUGGAGCAGCUGGACGAGGAYGGGGGCUGCCGCAGACAGUGCUUUCAGGUCAUGAGGCAGCUGAAGGAGGACGUCUGGUGUCCUGGGAAGAGGCCUGUCCUCACCUCCCACCAUCUGCAGACUGUGCUCUUCUGGACUUGCGAGAAGUAUCCCCACCUGAAGGACUGGCAGGUGUUGCACAAAGCCCUCCUGCGCCUGGUGAGGAAGCUGCACAAGUGUGUGAGCCAGCACUUCCUGAAGCACUACUUCGUCCCAAAGAGCAACCUCCUCCAAUAUGCCAACUCCAGCGAGCUGGACUCCRUAGCCCAGAAACUGGCCUUCUUCCUGAAGAACCCCCAGAUCAGCCUGCCCUGA